UUAUGGUGUAAUGUGUUGGGAAGUGUUCAGUCUUGGUAGAGUACCUUAUCCUGGUUUAGAUCCAGUAGGAGUUGUGGAGUUACUGGAUACUGGAGGAAGACUGUACACUCCAAAUAAUGAAGCAUGUUCAAAAGAAAUUUACUCAUUGAUGACUUCAUGUUGGUCUGAGUCUCCUGAUGAUAGGCCAGUGUUCAGUGAUUUAGUAUCAUCAAUCAAUGCACUCAUUGAGCCAUUGGCUGGCUAUCUGGACUUCGCUGACAUUAAUUCUUGUGUGGAAAAUGAUAUUAAAGCUUAAAAAACUUGUUUUAUAUUAUGUUAAUUGUGAUAGUUUUUAUACAGUAAAACACCUUGCAAGCAAUUUUAA